AUGAAGUUUUACAACCGCGAUUUCCACGCCUCAGCGUCCAAGAUACGGGGCAUGUUAAAGAAGGCCAAUCUUAUGGGACAUGGCUACCAGGUGGAAAUAGAAAUUAAGACAGAAAAGAAACCUGGCAAACCAGAAUAUGUAGAGGUAUGUUAACUUGUUCUGUGAGCGUAUUGAUCUAUCCUCGGCGACCAAGGUGUCCGGGGCUGAUCAAGAAAAUACAGCCGCAAGGAAGGGCAUGGAGCACUGGCCAACUCAAUCAGUGGCGGAUCCAGGGAAGGGGCCCAGGGGGGCCGGCCCGCCUUAUUUUUAGACCAAAUCUAAAAAAUGUUUUGGAGACCAGCCCCCCCCCCCCCCCCCCCCUUACCCCUUCUUUAUUGAUCUCUCCCCCCCCCCCCCAUCUUCCUCUACCAUUUUUUCACAAACUAAUCCUUUUUUCUGGACAUACACUUCUUACAGUCCUUCUCUCACACUUUUAUUUUCAAAGACGAACACAUAAUAUUUUAUUUUCUUUUAUUAUAAAAAAAAGCGCGCAAAGAGGGGGAGGGGACGCGUGCCACCACAUCCUGGUGGGGAUGCGGGGGGGGGGCCCGGGGGGGGCGCCCCCCCUCAUUUUUAACCCCACAAAAAAAAAAGUUUUGUGGCCCACCCCCCCCCCCCCCCCCCCACCUUAUCUCAGCGUUUGGAUGACCUGAACCCCUCCCCCUCCUCUUAGAUACAGAUCUAUACAACUAAUCAUUUAUUUAUCAGUAAAGAACUCUGAGAGCAUCUCUGUCCAAAUAUUUAAAUUGAAUGACGCUAGAAGUCAAAAUUUUCUUACAUUUUUUAAAAAAAUGUUAAGCAGGAGCCCAACAUGGGCUAGCUGAUGAUGUUCACACAAUUUUAGGCAAAAGGGGCGGCCACGGCUCUCUCUUCUCAACCCCUUUCUAAUCAACAAGACGGUAAAUUCACCAGCAAGUGAGAUCAUUUCAAGAUUCCAUCAAAGUUUAGAAAAAGGACGUAAGAGUCCGGCUGUAAACUGUAAAUAUCACAGCCCUGUAGAUGCCGCUGGCUAUACAAGGGUGUGUGCGCUCUUGCUUUUCAUUUCAGUAGCGUUCUCUUAUCCGACGGACCCUGAGCGUAAAGUUAAUUGAGUGUCUUAGGAGCCCGCCAUAGUCCGGACCGAACAACUUCCAUGACACAGCGUUUUCUCAGACAAGUUUAUAUUAAGAUCGAUUUCGGCGUGAAUCUAGACCGUCACGUUUGUUCCAAAAAUAAGCCAACAAAAGGCACAGACCGGAAAAUAUGAGUUUUGGGUUAAAAUGACAAUUUGUUUUUCGCAGUUUAUCUUUCGGAUGUGCCCACCGUAUGGAGUGGAGGUCCAUUUUCGGGGAAACAAGUUUUCAAAGUUGCACCUAAAAAUAGACUGGUUGCUAUCCGCUCCGGGUUUAUGGCCUUGGCUCCUAGUCUCUGAAAGUAAUUCACCUUGGCUUUUUCUCGUUUUUUUUUCCUGUAUGGCUGAUUAAUGAUGAUUAUGCGGCAGAGUCAUGAUCAUAUGCGAUGAAUAUCGUUUUAGCCUCGGUGGGUUCGAUAAUGUCUUCCCGUCAUUAUGCUCGGCAAGUCAAAUUAACUAUAAAUAUUGUCUGUCUGUUUUCUCUUCCAGGAAUCUCGCUACUACUACAAGAUAGUGCCUUGCUCAAAGGUUCCUGAGAUUGAGGAAGAACUGAACAAGUUGUUGUCUGGUAAAUUGGAAAACUGCCUUCUACUGUAGGGCUCGUUUAUCACUUUUCUCACUGUACAAUCAAACCCCGCUUUAAACGGACACUCUCUUAAUAAGGACACCUCAUUAUUAUUAUCAUUAUUAAACACAGUUGGGAGUCAGUUAACGGGGUGUCCGUAAUUACCUUAUUAUAGGAAAUUAUCGCUCCAUGAAAUUAACGCGAAUCGUUAAAAUUCGCGUUAAUUUUGUUGAGCGUUAAUUUCCGCGACGUUAGUUAAGUGCAGCGUUAAUUUCCGCGCUCUUAAUUUCCAGUAUUAUAACCCCAGUUUUGGAACCUGUCCAGACAUUCUUGACACCUAGCUAAAAAAAAUUGAGUACAAGCUUUCUUUCUUUUCAUUUACCCUUUAUUUUUCAUCUUUCACAAAAGCUAAGGCGAAGGUUUACAAUAUUUCGAGUUCAUCUUCAUCGUUGUCACUGUCAGAAGUGAUGUCAAUAUCUUCUCCUUUGAGUUCGGCCAUAGUUAGUUUGCUUAGAGCCACCGCCACCCCCUCCCCUCCUCAACCCUGGGUGUAGAGGGCGGCUAAUGAUUCGCCCCUUGCAAGGGAAUCCGGAUUCCGGAAUCAGGGAAAUUUUUGCUAUUGGAAGUGGAGGAAUCCUGGAAUACAGCCCAAGGAUUCCGGAUCCCACUAAAGAUUGGAAUCUGGAAUCCAAGUUCCACUGACCAACGGAAUCUAGUACCUGGAAUCCGGAAUCCGCGGCGUGGAGUCCAGAAUCCACGACGAUAAAAAAUUGCUUUCUAUUAUUUUCCACUGACUAUUGUUUUCUCCUGUAGAGCUAUUGAUAUCUGAAUAUAGCCUCAAGUAAUCAUUCUGAAAAAUUAAUCCUUUUCAUUUCUGUUCAAGGUGCUUUUGGAUCUGAGCUGGCCAGCGAGUUAGGAAAAGAAAUUCAAGUCAUGCGCUUAGGGGAGUCGGGAAAGUGCAAAACAGGAGUGGAGAUU